UUAUCAAAAUCAAACAUUAAAAACUCCCACAAAAAUGCUGUUUUUUGACCCCACCUAAAUUCCCAACCGUUACACACAAUCAUACGACCUAAAAAUCAGAACUACGCCAUUCGCAAUUUCACAAUUUUCGAGCUCAAACCUUCCAAGAAAUGAACGAUGGAGCUGUAAUCGCCGGGGGGCCGAGUUUGAGCGGAGCGUUGAAGAGAAAACGGCCGCUGAGAAUCGAGAUUCCAGCUGUGUUGUCUGAGAUUCCCAAUUUUGAGGAAUCCUACGAUGAUCCUGUGUGUUGUUUUGCUGAUUCUGGGGUGGGUGUUUAUUCGUUGAAGGGGAAGAAGAAGUUCAUGGAAGAUUCCUACAAAGUUUUUGCUUCUGCAAAUGGUGAUAAGAGAUUCUUUGGAGUGUAUGAUGGGCAUGGAGGAAGCAAAGCAGCAGCAUUUGUGGCAGAGAAUUUGCAUCUAAAGAUUUUUGAAAUGUUAGAAAGCAUUUCAGAAAAUAAAGAAAAGGAAGCAGCAUGCAAAGCUGGCUAUUUGAAAACAGAUGAGGAAUUCUUGAAACAGGGGCUGGAUAGUGGUGCUUGUUGUGUGACUGCACUGAUUGAUGGGAGGGAAAUGGUGGUUUCGAACUUGGGCGACUGCAGAGCGGUUUUGUGUAUGGGAGGUGGAUCGGCAGAAGCUCUAACGACGGACCACAGACCCAUGCGAGAAGAGGAGCGAAGGCGAAUAGAGGAUAAAGGUGGAUAUGUGGAGAUUCAUCGCGGCACUUGGAGAGUUCAUGGGACCCUCGCAGUUUCCAGAAGCAUCGGAGAUGCUCAUCUCAAGGACUGGGUGAUGGCAGAACCCGACACGAAGGUUGUAUGCUUGGAUCCGGAUAUGAAGUACCUCCUUUUAGCAUCCGACGGCCUCUGGGAAGAGGUGAGCAAUGAAGAAGCAGUAGAUGUCGUGAUGCAGUUGUGUUCAAGUGCCAAGAAGCAACGCAUACAAAACCCUAGUGGACGGAAAAUGGAGAGCAUACGACAGAGAGGAAGUGCAGACGAGGAUGGAAGCCCUCCAGCCAAGUCCAGGAGAAUUUCAGUGGUGAAGAAGACGAAGAUGAAGGCAUGUUUCCCAGAAAACGAGAACAGAUUUUUGAACGAGAGAGGGCUUCUAGCCGCGUGCAAGAAGCUUGCUGAUCUUGCUGUUGGCAGGGGUAGUUUGGAUGACAUAACUGUCAUGAUAAUUGAUUUGAACCAUUACAACCAUGAAUCCUUAGUAGUUGCUAAGUAGCUUCUGAUCUAUUUUAUAAAUGUGGUAUUUUUUU